AUACGACACAUGACAAUCAUUUUUAACCGGACAUUCCUCAGUUUGGUCGAGUUAGGCCUGGACGCGAUCAUCAGUGCAAGCUCAAGUUGAAGAUUCCAGCAGAUAUUCAUUGGCAGUCUAUCAUGUUCUUCACUCCAAGGAGGCUCCUUACAGCCCUGCUCGGCGCUAUUAGCCCCGUCGCGGCUUUCACCAAUUCGAUUCGCAACCCAGGGGGCAGUGACCCGCAAAUCGUUUAUACAGAUGGAUAUUACUACCUCAUGUCCACGACAUGGUCGAACGUGCAGAUCGCGCGGGCAACUACGAUUGAGGGCCUCAAGACGGCCACGCGGAAGACCGUGUACAGCUCAAGUGAAGCAAGCCGCUGUUGCAAUGUCUGGGCUCCCGAGACGCACUACCUUGGCGGCGCGUGGUAUAUCUACUUUUCGGCAGGAAACGCUAAUAACCUAGACGGACAGAACGUGCACGUUCUAAAGGGUGGUGCCACACCCUGGGAUGAUUACACAUAUGUUGCACAGCUCACCAGCGAGUGGUCUAUCGAUGGAACUAUCGUCCGGUUCAACGGAUGGGGAAAUUAUCUUGCGACCUCGUGCUUCCACGGAGUAGCGAACCAGUCAAUAUGUUUCCAGAAACUAGGGGACGACAACGUCUCAGUGACGGGAAGCAUUGGAGUUAUCUCGCAGCCGACGAACUCAUGGGAGCAAAGUGGCACCCCCGUGAAUGAGGGACCGGCAGCGCUGUACAUCAAUGGAAAAACGUACGUCGCCUACUCGGCCAACUACUGCUGGACGCCCGACUACUGUAUCGCGACGCUCGAGUGGGACGGCACGACAGAUCCGCUGUCUGCUUCAGCAUGGACCAAAUCCGACGGUUGUCUCUUCAAGGGCGGUGUCAAUGGCCACUACGGCACCGGUCAUAACGCCUUCUUCCAGAGCCCUGAUGGUUCUCAGACUUGGAACGUCUACCACGCUACCUCGAACAGCGCCGGUGCUUGCGACGACAGCCGUUACACGAUGGUUCAGCUUCUGAAUACCAACGCUGAUGGAUCUCUAAACUUUGGGACACCUGUUGCUCUGAAUAUCGAUUCUGCUGAGCCGGCGUAAUUUGUUGUUGCCAUGGAAUGCGAUGCUCGGCACCUACCUAGGCAUGAGUCUGUAAUGUAUACCUGGCUUUUCUGGCCUAGGUCUGUU